AUGGGAUUAAGCAGAGACGAAUAUAUUUAUAUGGCUAAAAUAGCUGAACAAACCGAAAGAUUUGAAGAUAUGUUAGAAUACAUGAAACAAGUAGUAUUAACAGGAUAAGAUCUAUCAGUAGAAGAAAGAAACUUAUUAUCAGUAGCUUACAAAAACACAGUAGGUUCACGUAGAUCUGCAUGGAGAAGUAUAUCUGCAAUAUAACAAAAGGAAGAAUCUAAAGGAUCUAAACAUUUAAAUUUACUUACAGGUUAAAAAUAGAAAAUCGAAGUUGAAUUAAAUAAAUAUUGUAAUGAUAUUCUUGAUUUAUUAUCAUCCAAUUUAGUUAAAUAAUCAACAACUGCAGAAGCUUAAGUUUUCUAUUUAAAAAUGAAAGGUGACUAUUAUAGAUAUAUUGCUGAAUAUGCAACUGGAGACUCUCAUAAAAAAGCUGCUGAUGGUGCUUUAGAUAGCUAUAAUAAAGCUUCUGAAAUUGCCAAUACUUAAUUAAGUACAACUCAUCCUAUUAGACUUGGUUUAGCUUUAAAUUUCUCUGUUUUCCAUUAUGAAGUGAUGAAUGAUCCCUCUAAAGCUUGUAAUUUAGCAAAAACUGCCUUCGAUGAAGCUAUUGGAGAUAUUGAAAGUAUUUAAGAAGAUUAAUAUAAAGAUGCUACUACUAUUAUGUAGUUGAUUAGAGAUAAUUUAACUUUAUGGACUUCUGAAUUUUAAGAUGAUGCUGAAGAAUAAUAAGAAUGA